GUCAUCAUCGCCAUAUCAGCGCUGCAAAUCCAGACUUCCCAAGCUCAUUUUAUUUGCUCACCUCGAAUUAUCUUUGCGCGUGUCGAGGCGUCUAUCUAUAUUCCUAGGCUUUCUAUUGCGACCUCACCACAGUUUCACAUUUCACAAUGUUACCAUUGGGCAUCCUAACGGCCGCGCAAGGCCACCCGAUGCUCGUCGAGCUCAAGAAUGGCGAGACGCUGAACGGCCACCUCUCCAACUGCGAUAACUGGAUGAACCUGGUGCUGAAAGAGGUUGUGCAAACAAGUCCCGAGGGCGACCGCUUCUUCAAGUUACCAGAGGUCUACGUGAGGGGAAACAAUAUCAAAUACCUACGGAUCCCCGAAGAAAUCAUCGACAUCGUCAAGGAGCAGCAACACGCCCGCGACUCGGGUCGCGGCCGGGGUGGCUACAGAGGUGAUGGACGAGACCGGGGUCGUGGAGGCCGUGGACGCGGUCGGGGCAGAGGGCGAGGUGGAAACUAAGGAGAGGAAUGUUACCAUAUUUUCCUUCUUUUUUCCUUAUGUUUUUUGCAGAAGAAAUGGAUAUGAAAGAUACCCCGGGGAGAGAAGGAGAUGGUUGUGAAUGAAUUUUUUGCUAGGGAACGUCCGUCUGGUGGAAUUGAAGUCGAGCAUGGCCUUGGCGUAUAUGGCUCUGUAUUAUCUUAAUGGGAAUGUCUGUGGCAUUGCAUCUGACAUGAUUGGCAAAUGAUCUCUUGUUAGCCAUUUGGUGCUUAUCUUUGAUGUGGUUGUAUAAUCACGUGAUCGUAGAUAUUGAUUGAACUUCCCCGGAAAUUCCAA